GUGUUUUGGCCUCUCCUGCUAGCCGUAGUGUUGUAGAACAUUUAGCGCGAAGUUUGGUAGGAACCGUAACAUAGCUAAACCGAGGAGCAAGUCGCAGUUGGUUGUAUGAAAGUACCGUUAAAUUCAAUCAUACAUCUUCUGUGGUGCUGACAUCACGCUACUUGACCAUGCCGUAUCACUGGUAAUACGUAUUUGUUAGGCCACUUAUUAGUUUUAUAAAGUAAAAGCAAAAACAGCAGCACAGACAUGGGAGACUUGGAAAGGAAGCAGCUAGCAUGCUAAUAACACGGGCAGGUGACGAGUCUGUACUAGGAAACAAGGACAAUGAGAAGGAGUCUUGCACCCAGCCAGGUGGCCAAACGGAAGCAACCAGGAGAUUCGUGUGAAGAUGAAGACUGGACAUGUGACACUGAGAAAAAAAGAAGAUGUGAUAAUGAGAUCAGAGAAAGUCAUAUUUCGCCCUUCAGAAAGCCUUUGAGUCAGCUCAACAAGCUGCAGCCGCCAUGUGUGGAUGGUGACAAACAUGAGGCAUUUAUUCGCAGUAUCCUCUCCAAGCCAUUUAAAAUCCCCAUUCCUAAUUACACAGGCUCACUGGGAAUCAGGGCUCUCGGUCUGAAGCGUGCAGGUGUGAGGAAAGCCCUCCACGAUCCCUUUGCAGAAGAUGCUUUGGUCCUCUACGAGCCCCCGUCUCUGAGCGCUCAUGACCUGAUCCAAGCUGAAAAAGAAAAACUACCGGUCCAUGUUGUUGUGGAUCCAGUUUUAGGAAAGGUUCUCAGACCCCAUCAAAGAGAGGGGGUGAAGUUCCUGUGGGAGUGUGUGACGGGAAGACGCAUCUCGGGCUCGUACGGAUGCAUCAUGGCCGACGAGAUGGGCCUGGGGAAGACCUUGCAGUGCAUCGCCCUCAUCUGGACACUGCUGCGCCAAAGUCCGGAUGCUAAGCCGGAGAUAGACAAGGUCAUUGUGGUUUCCCCUUCCAGUCUGGUUCGCAACUGGUACAAUGAAGUAGGAAAGUGGCUGGGAGGACGCGUCUCACCGGUGGCCAUAGACGGAGGUUCAAAGGAUGAAAUCGAUAGACAAUUAGUGAACUUCAUCUCUCAGCAUGGUUUGAGGAUACCAACCCCGAUCCUGAUCAUCUCAUACGAGACAUUUCGGCUGCACGCCGGGGUUCUGCACAAGGGCAAAGUCGGAAUGGUCAUCUGCGAUGAGGGUCAUCGGCUGAAGAACUCUGACAACCAGACAUACCAGGCUCUAAAUGCCAUGAGUGCCCAGAGGAGAGUGCUGAUAUCCGGCACUCCCAUCCAGAACGACCUGCUGGAGUACUUCAGCCUGGUCCACUUUGUGAAUGCUGGGAUCCUCGGUACAGCCCAGGAGUUUAAAAAGCGAUUUGAGCUUCCCAUCCUCAAAGGGCGAGAUGCAGAUGCUAGUGAUAAAGACAGAGAGACGGGAGAGGGGAAACUUAAGGAGCUGAUCAGCAUCGUCAAUAGGUGCUUGAUUAGAAGAACAUCCGAUAUCUUGUCCAAGUAUCUUCCUGUGAAAAUCGAGCAGGUCGUAUGUUGCAGGCUGACUCCUCUGCAGUUGGAGCUCUAUAAACACUUCCUACGGAAGGCCAAACCCAUUGAGGCGUUACAAGAAGGCAAAAUAAAUGUCUCCUCCCUGUCUUCCAUCACAUCACUCAAGAAACUGUGCAAUCACCCGGCUCUCAUCUACGAGAAGUGCGUGGAGAACUCCGAGGGCUUUGAGGGGGCCCUGGAUCUGUUUCCACCUGGUUACUGCACCAAGGCUGUGGAACCUCAGCUGUCUGGGAAAAUGCUUGUCCUUGACUACAUUCUGGCAAUGACGAGGACUACAUCGAGUGACAAGGUGGUGUUGGUCUCCAACUACACUCAAACACUGGACCUCUUUGAAAAGCUGUGCAGAUCUAGAAGAUACCUCUAUGUUCGUCUGGAUGGCACAAUGUCCAUCAAGAAAAGGGCCAAGAUUGUAGAACGAUUCAACAGUCCAUCUAAUCCAGAGUUCAUAUUCAUGCUGAGCAGCAAGGCUGGCGGAUGUGGCCUGAAUCUGAUUGGUGCUAAUCGCCUGGUCAUGUUUGAUCCAGACUGGAACCCAGCCAAUGACGAACAGGCGAUGGCACGCGUGUGGAGAGACGGCCAGAAGAAGACCUGCUACAUCUACAGACUGCUCUCUACCGGGACAAUCGAGGAGAAGAUCCUCCAGAGGCAGGCCCACAAGAAAGCCCUGAGCAGCUGCGUGGUGGACGAGGAGCAGGACGUGGAGCGUCACUUCUCUCUGGGCGAACUGCGAGAACUUUUCACCCUCAACGAGGAGACCGCCAGCGACACGCAUGACCGGUUCCGUUGUCGCCGCUGUGUGAAUGGCAGAGAGGUCCGGCCUCCGGACGACGACUCCGACUGCACCAGCAACCUCUCCCAGUGGAACCACUGCUUCGACAAAAAGGGUCUGAGGGACCAAGUGUUGAAAGCCUCCUGGGACGCGGCUGUGUCCUUCGUCUUCCACCAGCGCUCUCACGAGGACCGGAAGGGUGUAGUAUAGUGGCAGAAACUCAACAGACUCUUUACCACAUAACCACAUUUACUGUAAAUCCUGAUAUUUAUUUGUUAUUCAGUUGUUGUUUUUAAUUAAAAGUAAAGAAGAAUGA